GAAAAUGGUGAGCACCGGUGUGCAGGUUGCGAGAGCUUUAAGGAAACAAAUAUUCUCGUCGCAUUUGGGCACAGUUCUACGAAAUGGACGUUACAAUUACCCCUUGUUUAUUAAAUACCGGUCUUUCAGUUCCGCAUCCGCAGAAAUUGCUAAUGAAAGGGACCCAGCACCGCUGUUUUUCAAUGAGGAUGUUCAGAAACUACUACAGACGUUGACUAGAGUAGAUCUGAAAAAAGUUUACCGUCAACGAAAGGAAGGACAACGAAUGGAGCCUCCAGAGUACAAGUUUAUGACAGACGAUGAGCUCAAAUCCGCUUUAGAGGAAGCUAAAGCAAAAGCAGUAAUCAAGCUCCAAAUGCCCCCUGUUGUUAAGCUAGAAGACAUAAGUCCAAGCAUCAUGUCAGUUGACCAUGAAUUACAAGGCUAUGAUGAGUCUAAGUUUGUAUUCACAGAUAUAACUUAUGGCGUUCAAAGUACAAAGAGAAUAAUGGUUGUUAGAGAUACGGAUGGCAUUUUGCGAGAGGCAGAUCCCAAAGAAAGGCACAGACUCAAUCAAAUCUACUUUCCUUUAGAAGGGCGAGAAAUUGAUACACCUAAAUUAUUUGACCAAGAUUACCUGAAGGACUUACUCAGUCGUGAAGAAUAUGAAUUUAUUCUUGAUCUUGCAUGCGUGCAAUUUGAACCAAAUGCUGCAGAGUACCAUGAGAUAACUAAAAGUGUCUACGAUUAUGUAAACAGUAUGAAGCACUUUGAACAUUUACGAUCGACGAGGCACUUUGGUCCAUUGGCUUUCCAUCUCGCCUGGAGUAAAAAUAUUGAUAACCUCCUUUUGGAGAAUAUUGAAACGAGUCGAUUGGAUGAUGCCGUAUUAUUAGUUCAAUUAUACUACAUAGUUAACCCAACCUCCUCUUCGGCCGAUGUAAAAUUCCAAGGUGACGUAUUGAAGUUCAUUCAGUGUUACCUGGAUACUGAGUCAAACAUGAAACAGAAAUUGGAACUUGCGAUACAAUCGUACAUUGACCUCGAACAUGCGAAGCGAGAAGUUGAUAAAGGCAUUAAAGAAGCUCAGGGCUUGGACUAAAUCUGUAAAUUGUAAUACCAUAAUUCUAGAUUAAUAGUAUAAUAAACAUUACUGUUAAAAA